UGUUCAGAACAAAGCCCAGGAGCCAUCUUAAUGGAGGUGCUCAAUUCUGAAUCUCCAACUCAGUCUAAAUUGGCCCUGGAGAAUGUGCUUGGCAUGAAGGGCGGAGAUGGAGAUUCCAGUUAUGCCAACAAUUCUUUAUGUCAGUUAAAGAUGGUUCAAGCUUUGAAACCGAUUCUGGAGCGCAGCAUUCAUGAGAAUAUGAGAUUGGAGUUUAAUAGGGGAGGAAUAUUUAGGAUAGCAGAUUUCGGGUGUGGAACUGGGCGAAACACACUUGUGGUAGCAGACACCAUUGUCAGAGCUCUGCAAUGCUCACUUGAGGAACGGGAAAUGCCAGAAUUCGAGGUUUAUUUCACCGACCUUCCCUCAAAUGAUUUUAAUUUGCUGUUUCGAACAUUGCCUCCGCCCCAACAAGGCUUUACCGAUACAGACAGUAAUGGUGUCUGUGAUAUAAAUCCCGUGGCCCCAAGAUCUUACUUUGCAGCGGCUGUGUGUGGAUCACAUUUCAAACGUCUCUUUCCACAGAAAAGCUUGCAUUUCUGUCAUUCUUCUGCCAGUCUCCACUGGAUUUCACAGGUGAGUUAUAAAAUGAUUCUUUCUCCAUAGAUGGGUACAGAGGAGUGACAUGAUACGAUGUAAA